UAUACACGCAGUAAAAUAAGUAAACCUAUUUAGGUUCCAUGUCGCGUUGGAUAGAAAUAAUUAACUAAAAUACGCAAAUUCAGUUUGUAAAAUAAUAAAGUUUUUGUGUUUUUCAAUUGGGCAGCGUAAAAAUAAAAAGUCCAUAGUGCAUGUUUUUUUGCUAACGGAGGUGUAUGUAUGUAUGUACGGAUGAUGUCUAACUAUAAGAAUUGUCAGUAUCAUAAUGACAGUGGUAAUAACUAGACUAAUAACAUAGAGUUAUUCAGUUUUCAAUAGAGGAAAAAUAAGUAAACAUGGCUUUUAACAUGAUAAAAGCGUCGGAGAAUAAGAUUAACAAAACUAUGGGUAAUAUUGAUGACGCGGAAAACAAUGCGAAGAUUUCCGAUUCCGCUUACACUAACAGUUGCAGUAACAGCCAGGCAAGAAGCCGAAGCUCUCACUCGACGCAUUCAGAAAGUCAUUCCAGCGGUAGUAGUGGAUAUGGAGGAAAACCCUCCACUUCAGGAUACAGUAGCAACAAUGUAAGUCAACCUCCAGAAAUACGUUGUAAGGUAAAGAAAAAGAAGAAGCAACUAGAGCUAGAUACUGUAGUGAUCCACGAGGAAAAGCAGACGGUACCAGAUCCAGAACCUGAAAUAAAACCUAUUGAAGAACAACGUAAUGAUGAUGCUAGCUCAACUGGCGUGCAGCAAAAAGACGUAUCGCAAGUUGAAAUUAAUGACCUAUCGACUAUAGACAGAAAUAGUUCAAAGGAUAAGACGAGUUCGUGCAAUAUCCCGAUACAAACACCAACAAAGUGUAAAGAUGGUUUUUCGUGUGUGAUAUCUAUGCAAGACGGAGUGGUUAUCUACACAACAAAUUCCCUCACAAACACAUUGGGUUUCCCAAGGGAUAUGUGGAUCGGACGGUCCUUCAUUGACUUCGUACAUCCUAGGGACCGGAACACCUUCGCAUCACAAAUAACGAACGAUGUUGCUACGCCAAAAAUUUUAAAUGGUACUCCUAACGAAGUGAAUAUAAAACUUUCGUUUUCUAAAGGUAGCACACUUUCAACUAUGGUGUGUCGGAUUCGCCAAUACCGUGGAUUGGAUAGUGGAUUCGGUGUAAAGAAUCAAAUGCUUUCAUUUAUGCCGUUCUUACUUAAACUAUCCUUUAGAAAUAUAAUUGAUGAGGAAGGCGAGGUUAUUUAUUUACUUGUGCAGGCCACUCCGUUCUUUCCAGCUUUUAAAGUCCCAAACGAAAUUAUAUCGAAACCUAUCUCGUUCGUUAUAAGGCACGCGUCAAAUGGUGAUAUAAAGUAUAUAGAUCCUGAAUCAGUGCCGUACUUGGGAUAUUCACCUCAAGAUAUAUUAAAUAUGGAUGCACUUCAACUAUACCAUCCCCACGACCUUGUAUAUUUAAAACAAGUGUACGAAACUAUUGUUAAAGAGGGUGGUGUUCUGAGAUCAAAACCAAUCAGAAUGAUGACUCAAAAUGGUGAUUAUGUUAAACUCGAGACCGAGUGGUCGUCAUUUAUAAACCCGUGGUCUAGAAAAUUGGAAUUCGUUAUUGGAAAACAUUUGCUCAUUGAGGGUCCAAAUAAUCCUGAUGUAUUUCAAAGUGCUGAAAAGCCUAUGAAAUUCUCUGAAGAUGAUAAGAACACAGCACAAGCCAUUAGAGAAAGCAUACUUAAGGUCAUGAAUAAGAUAUUAACAAAGCCAGCGGAAGCGGCGAAGCAACAAAUGACCAAACGUUGCCAAGACUUAGCCUCGUUCAUGGAGAGUCUAAUGGACGAAGCCCCAAAGAACGACGAAGACAUCUGGGUUGAUGUUAAGGAGGCUGACAGUGCCUAUUAUGACUUUUCGGUUCAGGAGCGUGAUUCCGUAAUGCUGGGCGGAAUUUCUCCUCACCGCGAUUAUCAAGAGAGCAAGUCUAGUACUGAAACACAAAUAAGUUACAACCAACUUAAUUACAACGGCAAUUUGCAACGUUUUUUUGUUUUUAGGUAUUUUGACAGUUAUUUACCGUUCUCGGAGUAUGGUAAAUAUGGGAAUUUAGAUUCUGGAGCGCACCAGUCGAUGUGUGACAGAAAGUUUUACUCCGUCGGGCAAUUUCCACCAAUGGAGAUGGUCGAUUCUGGUGAUAUGACCAGUUCGUGCGAUUCGAGUGUAGCCCAUUUGUCAAAUGCUACUCCUGUCACCCUGGGAAACUACACAUCUAUCAAAUUGACAGAGUCUGCGCUAAACAAGCAUAACACGAUCAUGGAGAAAGAGUUAAUGAAGUUACAUAGGGAGAUUAAAUUAGCUCACAAAGAUGAAAGAAAGAAGUCUUCGAAGGAAUCCAGGCUCAAGAAGAAGGAACAUCUUGCUCGUUGUAAUGCGUCUUUCUUGCCCACUUCUGCUAGGCUAUCUACUGUUGAAUCCGAGUCUGUUGGUCUGAAGCGAUCGUCCAGGCAAUCAGAAAAUUCUUACAUCAAGCAGCGGUGUGCUACGGUGAAGUUGUCAAAACGGCACGAAAAUACGGACGAUGUUCGGCCUUCAACCUCGCACAAAAGCACCACUAUAUGGCCUCCAAUGAUCCCCGCUGUGAACAAUAUGAAUACAUACUUCCUUGGUAUUUCUCAACAGAUGCCUUUAGUAAACCCUGCAGUUACAGGACUGGUUCCCGUUUGUUACGUGCCUGCAGUGUCACAGCAAAUGUCAGGUGAUGGAACAAACACAAGACACAAACCUAAUCAAAACACAAUCGACCAGGCAUAUGCCAUGCCUUGUGUUAUGUAUGCGCAGCCGGUUUAUAGUAGCCCGUUAAUGUAUUCGGCGGUGAACCCAAACAUGCAACAAAUGCCGGACAUGCAACAGAUUCAGCAUAUUCAACAAAUGCAGCACAUGCAUCAAAUGCAACAAAUGCAGAUGCAGCAAGGAUUUAUGUUACAAAACUAUGAUACAGCGGCAAUGCGGAAUGCAAUGCUCGGUCUGUCUAGCACUAAUUAUCAAGAGGCUUGUAAACUCACUUUUCCAACGGAGAGCAAGUCGAUCCCUACAGCAAAACAGAAAGAGAAAGAUGGAGGACACCUUAUUCAAUCAAAUAAUAAUGGAAAUGGCGCCAGUUCUUCAUCAGCCGCUGUUUCCCAGCUGAGUACAAAAUUAAGCGAAAGCAAAGAAGAGACAGGGGUGACAAACAGCGAAGGUACAAUUGAAAAAACUGAUGAGGAGUCGAGCUAUUCUUCAUUCUAUUCCAACUUCUUUAAAAGUGAAUCGGGAAGUGCAGAAGAGGGUGAUCUUAAAAAGCGUUGGACAGGCAAUCCACAUUACAGGACAUCCAGUUCCUUUGACAAUACAAACGAUGUGGCUAAGACGCCGAGACGAAAGAUGGACCCUCCCUGGAUGGAGCAAGUGUGUGUGACGUCUGAACUUAUUUACCAAUACCAAAUGUUACCUAAAAAUAAGGAUGAAGUGCUAUCACGUGACCAAGAAAUUUUACAGAAUACAGAACAGCCUUCAUUAGUAAACGACCAAUUGGGGCAGUUAUAUCUAGAUCUUCAACUUGAGGGUGUUGCGACAAGGCUGACUUUAGAGGAAGGCAUUACGAGUUCGAGCAGCUCUGGUGAAGAAAACUUCGUUCGAAAAGCCAAAGUACAGGUGCGCCGACGUAAACGUGAAUAUAGCAAGCUGGUCAUGAUAUACGAAGAGGAUGCACCUCUUCCACCUCCAGAUAAAGAAGCGAGUCCCACAUCGUAAUACGUCUAAGCUCUUAAUUUCUAAGUCUAGAUAUUAACCAAAUGGGUACUCAAAUUAUUUAAUUAUUAAGCGUUAUCCAUUGAAGUGUCUUAAACGGUACCCAUUGAUGUCUAAUACGUAAAAUAAACCCCAAAACACAUCUUAUAAAUGCAACCGUGACCAUGAUCCAUGUAAAUAUUAAACAAUGUUUAAUUAAGUAAAAUCUAUUGAAUAUAUGUUUUAAUAUAUGAAAUUCGUAUUAACAUAUACGCCCGUAGUACGUUACUGACGAACUCAGCCGGUGAUUCAAAUGUCUCUUUUCUGAAAACACUUCAAUUGGACAACGUUAUCGUUUAUAGUGAUGUAAGGAUAUAAAUGUUUUUUAUUCUACAACUAAAUGCCGUUAUUUAACGAACAAUGUAUUAGGAAUAAAUUAUCGUUCAAAAUCGUAUAUAGAUUUUGUCUUGUGAGGAUGAGAAUUUUACCUCAAUUUUAUUUAGGAAAAAAUGUAUCUAGAGAUUUAAAUUUGUGCAAUUUCCCAGUUUUAGAUUAACUUUUCAAUCAACACAGCAGUUAACAUACCUGUCACUGCCAUCAAAAUUAUAUGUAAAAUUUCAAGAAUUUCAAGAAUGAUUUCAUUAAACGGUGUUGCUAUCGAAAUUAGUUCGUGUUUUGACAUCUGAAUUAACAGCAAUCAGAACAUCUUCAGGAAACUGGGCGUAUAAUUAAUAAAAUCGAAUAAUGUUCGCUAAAAUGAAAACUCUUUUACUACGUCAAAAGGAAACAAACUAAUAUUAAUGUACUGAUAAAAUAUAGUACGUAGGUUAUAUUUUUCGUUUUGGAGGUUUAGUGUCUAUUGCGAUAUGAAUGAUUGUCAUUGUCAAUCAAUGUUGUAAUUUGAUGUCAAAAAUUAAUAAUAUAAAACAUUAUAUAGCUCACAUAAAAUAAAGUAGGUGGUGAGAAAAAAAUCAGAUAAUUCUUCGCUCCAUCUCCAAUAUUAAUUGUUUAGAUAAGGGGUUUCGUCCAAAUUUUAACGCCAAUUUAACCUUUCCCAAAAUGAUUGAAAUUUUUGUUCAUACAUUUUGGUUUUUUUGGUUUUUUUGCUUUAUUUUAUUAUAGAUAUUUUAAUAUAGAUCGUACAUAGAAAUAAUGUUAAAAUAUUGUUUUCGUCUAAAGCGAAUGGGCUGUGUGUGAAGGGAAUCGUUAAUCUAUGAGAGCUUAUAUAUAUUUAUAAAAAAUAUAUUAUUUACAUAAAAUGAGAUAUAUGUUAUUUUAAUAAUAGGAAAAAACUUAAUUUAUUUAAAUUCAACGGUAAAUCAAAUAUAUGUAAUAUAUAACAUAUGUCUUUAUUAAUAAUAAUUGUAAAAUUUUACUAAACUGUCAUUAAAUUAAUUAUUUUGGUUUGUAUGAAAUAUCAUAUUUGUUUAAGUUACAAUGUGUAAUAUACGCAAUACGCUAUAUGACAAGAAUUUAAAAUUUUCAAAAAUUAAAUUUCAGAUUAUGAAAGUCUUUAAUUAUUUUACUCUAUAACUCUUUUGAAGUUGUGUUUUAUACAGAUCUCAAUAACAAUUUUUCAUACUGUCAUAUAGCCUAUUUGUAAUCGUCGUUUAACUUUUAAUCAUAUUUCUUAAUGUUUAAUUAAAAUAUAUUUUUCGUUGGAUAAUUUAUAAAAUGUUCUAGUUUUCGAUAUUGUAUUUUUAAAACUUUUUAAUUUUAUAUUGUACUUUUUCUGUUUUUAGAAAAUUGUUUAAAGUUAUCAGUGUGUGUAAAAUUUAAAAUUGUAUACAGUCGUAGUCAGAUUGUGUACGUACCUACGUACCUGAUAUGACAUACCUAUCAGUGGAUUAUAAAAAUAAUUUAAUGUUGAAAAACAUUUCAAUAAAAUUAAUA